AUGGAGGCCGCGAGCUCCUCGACGGCUCGAUUCCCUGCUCCUCGGCGCGUAGCGACUGAGCCAGCGCCUUUCGCCCCCCGAAGGUCGCUCUCCGUAUCCUCCACAUCCUCGCGACCCGGCACGUCUAGCGGACCAAAGGGAGGUGACGAGUCGAUCGAGACUCUGUACAAUCACCCGUCCGUGAAGAUCAUCGCAUUCACCUCGAGUCAACGACCUUCGUACGGCGGCGCGACCCUGUUCGAGGAUCCCAAACCCGGCUCUCUCCCCGCGUCAACCCAGCUGGAACGGACGAUAGCAGUUGGCCCAUUUCGUAUCUACCGUGCCCCGGGCUCCGUCGCCUUUCUGAGCUGCGGCUCAGCCCUGCAGCCCAUACUGCCGAAGUCGCAGUGCUGGUGUAUCGACGAAGCCAACAGUCGCUUCGUUCUCCAGAUCCGACGGCCCCAGUACUGGAGGAUCGAGGUUCCGGUAUCUGAUCCUGAGGAUGCUCAUCGUGCCUUGGUGUUACGCGACGUCCUUGACAGCAUCUUGCUGUUCGAGAAGACCGAAUGUCCUUUCCAGAGGAGCUUCACAGUCGCACUGCCCGAACGGCCACAGACGCCAGUCAAGAAGAAGCCUUGGACUGCCGAAGGGAAGAACCUGAUAUCGUCGGCCUUCUCAUCGGAUAUCUCUCCGCCUUUACCUUCAAGGAAGAUCACCAACGACAAAAAACGCACCAGCGUCCCGGUGGAGCAAGUUGCGGAUCAGGGUGAGGUUGCAGAGCUACAAGCUACCGUACAUGAUUCCCCUCGCUUUGAAGAGAUUGGUCAAACCGAGCCCCUGGAAGGCGCCAAUCCGAGAAAAGAACCCCAGGAAGCCGGCGCAGGUCAGGAGACCACUCCCGAGGUUUCGUCAACUAAAGCAGAAACGAGUCCUCCUGAUUCUGUUGCGAGCGGUCUCGAGAUAUUUUCUGGGCUCAAGGCUUCUGAUCAACAACCACUUUCCACACAAGCACGGGAAGUUGAAGCGCACACCGACGAGCCGGCUAGGCCUCAAGCUACUUCAUCUGCUGACCGGCCCAGCAAAUCGGCUGACGAGGUACCUACGGCAAGCCCUCUCGUACCAACGGUAUCUCCGUCGAGUAAUGAAAAGGCUACGAAAACAUGCAUUCUACCUCCUUCACGGGUAAGCCCGGCGGUAGGCAGCGGACCUCCCGCGCCUGUACAACACGAUCGAGCUAAAGCGCCGGUAGCUCACCCAGAAGUACCGACCAGCAGCGUCGAAAGCGAUCAGCCGAUACCGAGUGCAGUGACCUCCACUGGAGAUUCUCUUGUAAAGACUACCCAGGAAGCAACACCACCACCUCCAGAUAAUCCUGUUGUGGGGAUACAGACCACCCCUGGAGCAGAGGAGACAGAGCCUCAAUCUUUUGAAGGCGCCGGGAGCGUUGGAACUGUCAAUCUCAAGAAGAAGCGAAUGAGCCGCAUGUUGGCCGGUCGAUCCGUGACCCUUCCCCUACAGCUCACCAUUGUAACUUCACCACCAACGAAGACAAGCCAGGGUCCCUUGGUUGAGGCAUCGGUAGCAGAGCCAUCUUCGUCGCCAUUGCAACCAUCCUUGAAGGCAGAUGAUACCUCUCCCGUUGGUUCCAUGGACUCUUUCCACAGCGUGCAGUCUUGGCAUAGCCCAAUCACCCCGCUUCCACCGUCGCCGCCGUCCUCUUCGCCUUCACCCCCAUCAUUUCCGUACCCCCAUGAGGACAUUAUCAUACCUAGCAAAGGGCAGUCAUCCAUACGAGAUGCUUCAGGUUCUGCUGCAACACCAGUCACAGCCAAUUCUCCAGACCCUUCGUCGCCUGCCCAUAGCUCGAAGCCCUCCAGUCCUACCAUCGUACUACCUGCCGACUCGGAGUCUCAUCCGUCUGCUCUCCCAGAACGCUUACAAGCAAGACAUCGCCAGAAGGGAAAUAACCUUUCGAUCAGCAGACGUGCGCUAUCACCCCUACCGCCUGCCGCAAAUCUUUUCUCACCGCAGGUGCGGCGACGCCCAAGCCGACUUGAGCUAGUCCGCAAGCUCCCUAGUGCUAUCAUCCACAAGACGGUUGAGAUACUUCUCUCGCCUCCCAGUCACUUGGUCAGCCUGAUGCUCAAGGUUGCUGCUAAGAUCGCAGCCGGAGAAUGGAGAGGCUUGGUGUUUGGCUUGGGUGAGGGCGGGGAGAGCAUCCCAGUCCACUGGGACUACUCCGAUGACGAGCUCAGUACGUGGGAAGAUGACGACGACUACACAUUUUCUCUCGGGCGAUUCGCGCGAAGACAGAACAUGACGGCCAACUUCUCUGAUGGUCAAGACACCACUCGCCCGGAAAACCGUGAUGGAGCCGACGGGAAUGAUCGCAGUUGGGAAGUCGACUAG